AUGUUUGUGCAAAAACAAAGAGUCAGAGUUGAAAUUGGAAUUGGAGCUGGUCUGUUUCUAUCUAUUUAUCUAUCUAAAGUCUGUUUCUAUCUAUUUAUCUAUCUAAAGUCUGUUUCAUCUAUUUAUCUAUCUAAAGUCUGUUUCUAUCUAUAUCUAUCUAAAAGUCUGUUUCUAUCUAUUUAUCUAUCUAAAGUCUGUUUCUAUCUAUAUCUAUCUAAAGUCUGUUUCUAUCUAUUUAUCUAUCUAAAUCUUGUUCUGUCUAUCUAUCUAAAAUUUGUUUCUAUCUAUCUAUUUAUCUAUCUAAAUCUGUUUCUAUCUAUUUAUCUAUCUAAAGUCUGUUUCUAUCUAUAUCUAUCUAAAGUCUGUUUCUAUCUAUAUCUAUCUAAAUCUGUUUCUCUCUAUCUAUCUAAAGUCUGUUUCUAUCUAUUUAUCUAUCUAAAGUCUUCUAUCUUUUAUCUAUCUAAAGUCUAUCUAAAUCUGUUUCUAUCUAUUUAUCUAUCUAAAGUCUGUUUCUAUCUAUUUAUCUAUCUAAAUAUGUUUCUAUCUAUUUAUCUAUCUAAAGUCUGUUUCUAUCUAUUUAUCUAUCUAAAGUCUGUUUCUAUCUAUCUAUUUAUCAAUCUAAAGUCUGUUUUUAUCUAUCUAAAGUUUGUUUCUAUCUAUCUCAACUCUUCUGUUCUCUCUCUCUCCCUCUCGGUUUUUGUUUCUUUAUUUGAAUCCUUAACUGAGUUAGUUUCACUAGUCAUUGAUAUUUCCCUUCUUCUUAAAUUUACAUUUCCAAUUCUUAAAAUUCCAUACUUAAUUUCUCCUUUUCUUUCUUUCUUUCUUUAUUUCUUUCUUUCUUUAUUCUCUCUCUAUCCCUCUCUUUCUUUCUUCUCUCUCUAUCCCUCUCUUUCUUUCUUUAUCUUUCUUUCUUUCUUCUCUCUCUAUCCCUCUCUUUCUUUCUUUAUCUUUCUUUCUUUCUCCUCUCUCUAUCCCCCUCUUUCUUUCUUUCUUUCCUCCCUCUCUCUAUCACCUCUUUUCUUUCUUUCUUUCUUUUUCUUUCUUUCUUUCUUUUUCUUUCUUUCUUCCCUCUCUCUAUCACCUUCUUUCUUUCUUUCUUUCUUUCUUUCUUUCUUUCUUCCCUCUCUCUAUCACCUUCUUUCUUUCUUUCUUUCUUUCUUUCUUUCUUUCUUUCUUCCCUCUCUCUAUCACCUCUUUUCUUUCUUUCUUUCUUUCUUUCUUUCUUUCCUCCCUCUCUCUAUCACCUUCUUUCUUUCUUUCUUUUCUUUCUUUCUUUCUUUCUUUCACCUCUUUUCUUUCUUUCUCUGGUAUUUUCCUGACCAAAUAUUUGUCCAUUACCGAAAAAACACUACUACUAACUUAACAGACCAAGAUGUCUGA